GUCUACCAAACAGAUGCUGGGAGCGCCUUUUAGCUCUUGUUGAUGGAACUGAGAAUAACCUUGUAGAAAUACUGUACAGGACUCUAUAUAUUUCGGGUUGGUAAUGCGGUUGUCAGACUUCCUGCCGUGAGUUUGACAACUGAACGUGUUGCACGACGGAGGAAGUCCUCGGAAGCUAGGACUCGGGGGCGAGGUGCAGCUUCCUGCGCACGCAGGGAUCGGCGCUUGUAAAGGAGGCGCACGCGCUCGGGUCUCCUCGCAGCUGGAGCCGCUCGGAUCCGGGCAACGUUCCAAAUGGCUGACAGCACUUUCAUCGAGGAAACUGACCAUGACAAGAAUAAAGAUGGGCUGGACUGGGGAUACGAACAAGGUGUAGAAUGGGGAUUGCUGUUCCCUGCAGCUAAUGGAGAAUAUCAAUCUCCAAUAAAUCUGAACUCCAGAGAGGCAAAGUAUGACCCUUCGCUAUUGGAAGCACGUUUAUCACCAAAUUAUGUGGUUUGUCGGGAUUCUGAAGUAAUUAAUGAUGGUCACACCGUUAAGAUACUGCUGAAAUCCAAAUCGGUUUUGACUGGCGGUCCAUUGCUUGAAAACUAUGAAUAUGAAUUACAUGAAGUUCGAUUUCACUGGGGUAAAGAGAACCAACGUGGCUCUGAACAUACUGUUAAUUUUAAAGCAUUUCCCAUGGAGCUCCAUCUUAUCCAUUGGAAUUCUACCUUGUUUAAUAACAUUGAAGAAGCUUUGGGGAAGAAAAAUGGGAUUGCAAUAAUUGCUUUAUUUGUUCAGAUAGGAAAGGAACACUUCGGCCUAAAGGCAGUCACAGAAAUCCUUCAGGAAAUUCAAUACAAGGGAAAAUUGAAAACCAUGCCAUGUUUUAAUCCUAAUACAUUACUUCCUGAUCCACUCCUUCGGGACUACUGGGUGUAUGAAGGCUCUCUGACCAUCCCUCCGUGCAGUGAAAACGUGGCCUGGAUACUAUUUCGAUACCCUUUAACCAUCUCUCAGCUGCAGAUAGAAGAGUUUAGAAGGGUACGUUCUCACAUAAAGGGAGCAGAACUACCUGAAGGAUGUGAUGGGAUUUUAGGAGACAACUUUAGACCAACACAGCCACUCAGUGACCGAAUCAUCAGAUCUGCAUUCCAAUAAAGAAUCAGCAGUAAUAAACAUAAUCAGCUUCAGGGUGAAGACAAUGAGCCCACAGUAUCCCACUAUAUGAGAAAUGGAUCUUUCUGAAGCUGCUGCUCCUUCAAAAUACAAAGCAUGUUUUGUGUUGCCUUCUAUAAUUAAUGCAGUAUUGAAAAGCAGCUGUGGCAGUUGGUUUGUUCUCAUAGUCCUGUUAAAUAUUCCGAAAGAAAGAGCUGAUGCACCAGAACAAGAGCUCAUUCUAGGUGCCCAAGCUUCAUAUAAUUGUUUUGUAGUCUGUUUAUGCAUUUGGCUUUUGUAAAUAGUUGUUCGUAAAUGUGCAAAAUUUCUAUCAUGUAUUUAAUAUCAUUUAAUAGUGAUGUGCUUUUCUGAAGUUCCUUAUGAGCUUGACAUAUGGGGUACUUGCUAGCUCUUUGCUGCUUGGGAAAGUAAGACCUCGCAAUUUAGUAGGGCCAAAAGAUAAGUUUGCUCCUAGACAAUACCAAUGUGAUUUAAGGGUUAUCUGCAUGACUGAAUAUAAUUGCAUAGAAUGCAAGAAAAAAGAACUUGUCAAUCCUUUAAAAUGACUGAUGAUUUCAAUAGCCAUUUGAUUUUCCUCUGGUUAAUACUAAACACGCUAUUUCAACAUUUUCCACCAACUUGUACUUUAAAGUUAAUGCAAAUUAUACACGGAGGGGAGAGAGAUAUUCUGCAGUGAAUUUUCUCCAAUCAAAACAUUUUUUUUGUAAUGAAUGUGAUUUUGAUUCUGUUAUGAGAUACUAAUAUAAUUUAUAACAAAAUGGUUUGAAAAGUCUGCAUAUUGAAAGACUCCUGAAUAAUUCCCUAAUUCAUGAUUUUUUUUUGUGUGCGUGGUGGAGGAGAGGAGAUGGGUGAACCUGAAGGUGCAGUCGAACUACAUGCUCAAAACUGUGGAGGGGGCAACAUUUUGUUUAAAAAAUGCAGUAUUCUGUAAUUUAUCAUUUAAAUGCUUGGGCUCAACUGAAUAAACA